UGCCUAAGAUACUUUUGAAAUUGGAACAACCCCGUGGUGGUGUUGGUGAUGAUGAUGAGGUUGACAGCCGUGGUGCUGGCUGCUGUGCUGGCUGUUGUUGUCGAUGCUAGCGCAGCAGCAGCAUCAGCAGCCGCAGCAGCUGCUGAUGCAUCAGAUGCAGUGGCCUGCAAGGCUGGGGAUCUGCAAGAGAAGACGUGCACGCAUUCGCCAGAGGCGCGCAUCGCAAGCAAGGACGGCUUGGCAGAUGCAUCCGCCUGCUGCUCCCUUUGUGCGUCCACACACGGAUGCCACGCCUGGACGUUCUGGACAACCUCAUCCGCAACCAUGGCCACCAGCAGCGGUAUCGCCAGCAACAACAGAAGCAACAACAGCAGCAGCAGCAGCACUGACGAUGUGAACGACACCCACAGCGCCGAUGAUGACGACACUUCGACGAGGACAACAGGCGAUGCAGAGGCAGCACGACCAACAUCGUCAACGCCAUCACGUUCCCAAGCUGCCAUCGUGGAAGAGAAGGAGACGCACUGUAAUCUGUUUGGGAAGCGGGUACCGGGAACGGAGGGCGAGUGCGUGUCUGGCGGAACAACCGGUGGGAAGAGCCCCUGGGUACCACCACCGCCACACGGGCCCAUCUGCAAGGACUGCCCCAACAUCAUCUUCUCCCUGACGGAUGACCAGGACUACCUGCUUGGCGGGUGGGGCGACGUGCCCAUGCGCCACACCAAGCGGCUGCUGCAGAACACGGGCGCGCUGCUGUCGGAGUGGCGCAUCCACACAGCCAUCUGCUCGCCCAGCCGGUCCGAAACCGUCUCUGGCCGCUAUUUCCACAACAUCAAGUCGGCAACGGCGGUGCCGCCGCCAAAGGUGCUGCCCACGGGCGCGGGCCACGUGAACGGCUCGCUGUACACGAACCAGACGGCCGGCACAUAUCUGCGCAUGCUGCGCGGGUUUCAGACUGCGCUAUUUGGCAAGGGCAACUUCAAUACCAUGGAGGGGUUCGACCGGUGGUUCCAAGGGUCCCAUCUUGGAUACGGCGGUACGUGGCAGGACAACGAGAGCCCCGACUUCAAGUACAAGGCGAGCGACAAGGAGUACGCGACAGACCUGCUGCUUGAGAAGGCGAGUGAGUGGCUGCGACGUGACAAUGUGACGGGGAAAGCGAGCAAUGGUCGCCCUUUCUUCCUCUACUUUGCCCCGCACUGCCCCCACAUCCCGUCGACGCCCUCUGACAAGUACGCAGACGCGUGUCCGAACGUCACUGCGCCGCGCACGCCCAACUUCAACUACUCCACACCGCUCUUCCACGAGCUCAUCUCCAAACAGGCCCCCUUUGUUGAGGAGGAAGCACGCGCCAUCGAUGCGCUUGCGCGCCUGCGGUGCCAGUGCCUUCUCUCUGUGGAUGAUGCGCAUGCACAGCUCUUGUCUGUGUUGGAGGACCUUGGUGUGGCCAACAACACGUACUGGUUCGUGUCGAGCGACCACGGGUACAACCUCGGCAACCACCGCCUGCCCAGCAACAAGUUCCUGCUGUACGAGCACUCGCUGCGCAUCCCGCUUGUUGUGCAUGGGCCGGGCGUGCCUGCAGGCAAGCACAUCCCCGUGCUUGGUACCAACGUAGACUAUGCGCCAACGUGGCUUGGCCUCGCUGACAUUGACACGCCCCCUGUCAUGGACGGUCGUUCCCUUGUUCCCGUCCUCCUCACCAACGCCUCCGCAGACAUCCCGGGUGCAACGCGGCGGCACUUGGAGAAACACGGUGGGCCAUCUGCGAGCGACCCAGCUGCAUUUAGAAACAUGCAGUUUACGCAAUACUACAACCAAGGCCCCUGGCAGCCUGACGACCCCAAGGAUGGUUUCAACCGCACCCUUGACGACUACAGCAACACAUACAUCGGCAUCACGGUGGUUGACCCAGCGCUCGGCAAGUACAAGUAUGGCGAGUACCAGUACGUGUGCAACAGCACACAGAUGCUGACGAAGACAUGCUUUGACGACCCAGACUGGUACGAAUUGUUUGACCUCAGUGCGGAUCCAUAUGAGUUGACCAACAUCUACUACCACGCCAACACCAACGCAUCUCUCAAGCAAGAGAUGCACCGCCGCCUGCGACAAUACUACCCGUGCCAGGGCAGCGCCUGCCCGUGAUGACACUGUGUGUAUGCGUGUAUGUGUGUGUGUGUGUGUUUGUGUGUGUUUGUGUGUUCCUAUGUGACUGCCGUUUCGCUCUUCUCUAUUUUUCACCACGCCUUCACAGUCACAAUCUCUUGUUAUCCUUUGUCGUGAGCACAUGCUCGCGUUCUUCAGCGUGACUGUGGUUGUUACAUUGUGGGCCGAAGCCCUACUGAACCGCUAAUAAUGAACCAAAACGUACGAGC